AUGAUUGUUGAGCUCGAGGAAUCUUUCCAGAACAGAGUUUCCUUGAAAGACAAGGAAGUGAUUGAGCUGAAGGCUCAUGUGGCUGAUCUACAAUCAGAAAAGACACAGGAAAGUACUGAGGCAGCAGCUAUGAUCAGAGUGCUGGAGGAACGUUUGGUAGAUCAGGCGGCAAACACAGAGCUCAGGGUUUCCUUGAAAGACCAGGAAGUGAGUGAGCUGAAGGCUCGUGUGGCUGAUCUACAAUCAGAAAAGACACAGGAGAAGGCUGAGGCAGCAGCUCAGAUCAGAGAGCUGGAGGAACGUCUGGUAGAUCAGGCGGCAAACACAGAGCUCAGGGUUUCCUUGAAAGACCAGGAGGUGAUUGAGCUGAAGGCUCGUGUGGCUGAUCUACAAUCAGAAAAGACACAGGAGAAGGCUGAGGCAGCAGCUAACAUCAGAGAUCUGAAGAAAAGUCUGGUAGAUCAGGCGGCAAACACAGAGCUCCGGGUUUCAUUGAAAGACCAGGAGGUGAGUGAGCUGAAGGCUCGUGUGGCUGAUCUACAAUCAGAAAAGACACAGGAGAGUACUGAGGCUGCAGCUAAGAUCAAAGAGCUGGAGUCACGUCUGGUAGAUCAGGCGGCAAACACAGAACACAGGGUUUCCUUGAAAGACCAGGAAGUGAGUGAGCUGAAGGCUCGUGUGGCUGAUCUACAAUCAGAAAAGACACAGGAGAAGGCUGAGGCAGCAGCUAACAUCAGAGAUCUGAAGAAAAGUCUGGUAGAUCAGGCGGCAAACACAGAGCUCCGGGUUUCCUUGAAAGACCAGGAAGUUAUUGAGCUGAAGGCUCGUGUGGCUGAUCUACAAUCAGAAAAGACACAGGAGAAGGCUGAGGCAGCAGCUAAGAUCAAAGAGUUGGAGGAACGUCUGGUGGAUCAGGCGGCAAACACAGAGCUCCGAUUUGACGAGGCUAGACCAUGCCUGCUCUCUAAAACUCUACAUGCCAAAAAUGUCCUGAAUGACCCAAGGCCUAUCCAUCAGGACAUACAGGAGGGAGAAGUGAUUCAAGAAACCUGUGGCUCUGAACAGAUUACGUUCAACGGAGUUCCACUGGCUAUCUGCGAUGUAUUUGCCAUACUAGCCAGUGGAGCUCCACUGCCAGAUGCCGAACAGCACGACAAGGCAGACCAGAAGGCGUCUGAAGUGCCCCAGAUUCUACUGAACGGGUCACUGCUAGAUGCUGACGAGCAGGAGGAGGCAGUCCAGAAGGCGCCUGAAGUGCCCCAGAUUCUGAUAAACGGGGUGCCACUGCUAGAUGCUGACGAGCAGGAGGAGGCAGUCCAGAAGGCGCCUGAAGUGCCCCAGAUUCUGAUAAACGGGGUGCCACUGCUAGAUGCUGACGAGCAGGAGGAGGCAGUCCAGAAGGCGCCUGAAGUGCCCCAGAUUCUGAUAAACGGGGUGCCACUGCUAGAUGCUGACGAGCAGGAGGAGGCAGGCCAGAAGGCGGCUGAAGUUCCCCAGAUUCUACUGAACGGCGUGCCACUGCUAGAUGCUGAACAGCAGGAUAAGGUGGAGAAGAAGGCAGCUAGUAUGCCACAACAGUUUCUUAGUGGAUCCUCCCUGCCAAAUGAUGGAAACAGAGAAAGGCUAGAUAUCCCACACUGCAUUCCGGAGUCUCCUACAAAUGAAAGCGAAAAGGAAGAAGAAACAUUCCGAAAGGGACUUGCCAGUCAACAGAAUACUAGCCUGUCUGCAGGUGAUGCAAGCAUAGAAACAACCGUAAAUACUGCACAACAGCCGCUACGCAUCCCAGAGUUCUUCGUUGUGCAAAAAAGUCUUGUGGCCCACCGACUUCCUCCGAACUGCACUAUGGACCCAGUGCCGCUCCAGGUCCACUUUGUACCCAAUGAUGGUUGUGCUUCAGGAGAAAUUUAUUACGACCAUGACUCUUCGGCUGAUGCCUUUGAAGCGGCUAUGGAUGCCAUGGACUCUGGACUAGGGGAUUCCCACUGUGCGAGUCCAUACCCUGCCCGCAAGUCAGAGUCCUCCCCGGCACAGGCCUGUUCAACACACGUUCUUGAUGACAGCUGGCUAAAGCCUUUUGACCCGAGGCAGAGGGAUUCCAUUAUGUCCAGGUCAUCAUUGAAGGAUCUGCCAACUAAGUCUGAAGUCGGUAGCGGGGUCAUGAAGCCACAGAGUCCUGGAGCACUAUCCUCCUGGUGGAAACCAGAGAAGCCUUCCACGUACCAAGAGUUUGGACAGCCGAGUAUGAGCCUCCUGGACUUUACAGCAGCUGAUGAACCUCGUGGACUGGAAGUCCUGAUUGAGAGGAAAGCCUCAAAACAGUCCUGGACUUCACCAGUAAGAGGAAAUGAGCCCAGAGGACUGGAAAGUGUGCUGGAGAAUUCAAAAGAUUCCCAGGCCGUACAGCAGAAAGCAUGGCAGAGAUGUCAGCUCACCAACACGCUUGACCUGUCGUCAACAAAUGACAUGGCCGCUGUGUCGGGCAAAAAGAUAAGCCACUCCACCAUGAGCAUGCAGGUCAACACGUCUCCUGCAAAUGAGGGAGAGGACACUGCCCGAGAUGAACCUGUUACGUUGGAGCCUUGUUUCCUGUUGGCACUGCUAACCCACAGGAUUAAGAGAGGCUACAGACUCUUCACUGUGCUACACUGAUAAAGCUUAAGCUACAUCAGCAGCAUGUGGAUUUAUCAUGUGGAUUUAUCUUUAAUAGUGUGGAAUACUUUGUUCUAUACCACGCAAGUCAUAUGUUGGUAUAAAGUGCAGAUGAACAUCAAUGUGACAUCACAAAAAAUGUCAUCUGAAUGUAUACAUUACAGUGCCACUUAUCUCUACAUACCAGAAAUGUUUCUACCAAACAUUUGAAUGAGACAAGUAUUUUAUAAUAUUGUAUGUCACAAGCGUGCAUGUAAAUGCAGAUUUUUAAACAGAGAUUUUAUUUUGUGAUGCAAAACUGCCCUAUAUAGGGCAGAAGUGACUGUGUUUUUAUAAAUUCAUGUAUAUACAAUAUACAUGUCUUCUAAUUUAGCCAAAAGUCUGUGUUGUAUUUCUUGUUUGGUGAUUCGAAUGAUAUAGUGCAAAGUUGGGUACGCAUAAACAU